CUCGACCUCUCUUCCCCCCUUACGUCUCCUUCCUCAAGCGACCGAUAAGUACCAGAAAUCGAACCUGUUUCAUCCUACAGAAAUCGAAGAUCGACCUCUUUUUCAGUAAUCGAACCUGUUUCAUCCUACAGAACUCGAAGAUCGACCUCUUCGAGGUUUGUUGUGGAAACCCUUUUCUGGAUGCCAUGGAAGGAUCAAAGCAGUCCGUGUUCCACUUCUGUAGACAGUUGCAUACGUUAACAAAAACCAGUCCUAGUGACACCUUCAAGAAAAAGAUUGCUGAAUUAGAGAAGGAUCGGAGGAGGAGGAACCCUAAGAGGGACCGGUUGUUUGUGGAAACUCCUGAAUCGACGUCAUGGCUUGACACCGCUAGCAUGCCGAUGUUUGCAACUGUGGCAGGGAUUGCACUUUUUGCCAAGCUUCUCAUGAUGUAUGAUGAUUCAACAUCACAAGAAAGAAUAGAGAAGAAGAUAAAGAAUGCCCCUCCUGGUCAAGGCACUGUUAGGAUGCUUUCUCGAGAAGAGUGGGAAGAAUUUCGAGAAGUGCGGCCAAGGACUCCGUUUGAGUCUAAGCUUGCUCGUCCUAAUGCACGGAUAAGAACCGGGGAGCCACUACACAUGGAGGAUGUGAAGGAUUGGUCGAUCGAUGUGCUGACUGAUGCCCUUACAAGAGCUGAAGAAUGUGUUAAACAGGGAUCAAAGUAGAGGCAGUUGAUGAUUCCAUUGCCAUUUCCAAAUUCUAUUCACUCAUCAAACCAAUUUAGGGGUGUUUUGGAAGUGCACAUUGCAAAUUUUAGAAAUAAGUUUUCUAGUGUUUUUGAUACAACCAUAUUUCUUAUAUUUUUUUAGGGGUUGUUUGUUAGUUGAUGAAUGGUUUGGUGCAGAAU